AUGGUGGGAGCUGUGAGCCCCGUCUGCCCGGUGCUGGUGGCGUGCGUCCUGCUGCUUGUGGCGGCAGACAGCGGAGCGCGAGCACAGCCUUGUCCGGCUCCGUGCUCCUGCACCGGGACCACGGUGGACUGUCACGGCCAAGGGCUGCGCAGCGUGCCGCGGAACAUUCCCCGCAACACCGAGAGACUGGACUUGAACAACAACAACCUGACUAAAAUCACCAAGGCGGACUUAGCUGGGCUCAGGCAUCUGCGAGUGCUGCAGCUUAUGGAGAACAAAAUCACCAUGAUUGAGAGAGGAGCGUUCCAAGACUUGAAGGAGCUUGAGCGACUACGCCUCAAUAGGAAUAAUCUGGCGGUAUUCCCUGAGCUGCUUUUCCUGGGAACAACCAAACUCUACAGACUGUAA